CUGCGUAGGGCAUUAUGUGCAUAGUCUAUCAUCAUCUCAAACUCAAAAAGUCCAAAGCACACUCCCAAGCGAAACGAAAGACGAAAGUGCCCACUCCCGCUUACUUGUGUCAUUUUUGAAUUUUCCACUUCCCAAACACACCCUGACCACAAACAACAAUGGUAGCCGAGCCUCCGAGCUCCGAUUCGGCGGUGGAUCCGCUCUCAUCAUACUAUGGUCUCGCUCUCUUCCCCAACUCGUUCCGGGUCCAACCCGACCCGACCAAGUCAUGGGACUUCGACGCCGAUCUCGACUCCAUCCACAACCACCUCAAGUCCAUCGCCUUACGAAGUCCCAAUAAACUUCUAGAGCAGGCAAAAAUGGUUUUAGAUGGGAGUUCAGAACUUCUGAACUCAGAAAUUGCAAAUUUUCUGGCAUCUAAAGCGAAAAUAGAAACUGGUGUUGCGCUGGAUGAAGAAAGUCUCCCAGAAAGAAGGCCAGGCUUAGGCCGUAAGCGGGCUCGUUUUAGUUUAAAGCCUAGUCUUAGUCAGUCUGCUGUGAGUUUGGAAUCAAAUUUGGAUAUUGAUCAGCUAAAAGACCCAGAGGAAUUCUUCUUGGCCUAUGAACGAUUUGAAAAUGCCAAAAGAGAAAUACAGAAGCAGACUGGUAGAGUUUCAAUGAAUUUAGAACAGCACGAUCCUUCCACAACUGUACGACCACGUCGACCAGGGAUUCUAGGGCGGUCGGUUAGAUACAAGCAUCGCUAUUCAUCGGUGAUUUCUGAAAAUAAAGAGAAUGUCAUAUCUUCUCAGGAGCCAUUUGAAUCAGGCAUCGUCAUCCCAAUUGAUGACAUGCCGCAACACGAAACUGAUCAAAAUGUAGUGUCACGUGAGAGUGAAUUAGCUGGUUCAAUGGACAAGUUAGAGAAAAAUGUUAAUGAAAUCUUGGAUGAGUUACUAUCUGGUAAUUUUGAAGAUUUGGAAGGGAAUGGAACAAUCAGUAUUUUACAGAAGCGCUUGCAGAUCAAACCCAUUGAUCUAGAGAAUCUAAGUCUCCCAGAGUUGCAAGGUGCCCAAAAGAUAAAUUUGAAUCCGUCAAGAGGAAACAUAACAAAGCCUCGGAAGGCUUUAUCGGACAUAGAUAAUCUGUUAAAAAAGAUUAGCAGUAAAACACCUGAGAAGCUUACAAAGGAGGCAGAAAACUCUGUUAAUCAUAUAGCUUCACCCACACCCCCAAGAAGUCCGUUUGCUCCAUUCCCAUCAUUACAGAAGCAUAUUGUGCAGUCAAUGCCAUCAAACGAUCCAUUUUCCAUUCUUGAUUUUGAUGACUCACAAGGGAUAACCCCCUCUCUGAUGGAAUCUCGUAAAGAGUCUGAUCUUUAUGAUUCAGGAAAGCAGUUGAGCAAUUUUGAUGGGUUGAAAUCACCUUUAAUUGAGGAAGAUGGCACUGCAGUUGCUAAGACAGGUUCACCUGAGGCAGUUAUUGGGGAUUUUACAAAUUCGGAAGCAAUUGUGCAUGAUAAUUCAAGUAAAGUUUCUGUUGGUGUUGACGUUGGCUCCAGUGGAACUCAUGUUGACAUGGAGGAUAAUGUUAGAGGCUGUAAUAUGGAUAUUGAUCUAGAUGAGCAGUUGAGCAAUUGUGACAAGUUGAAAUCACCUUUAAUUGAGGAAGUUGACACUACAGUUGCUAAGACAGCUUCACCUGAGGCAGUUAUUGGGGAUUUUACUUAUGCGGAAGCAAUUGUGCAUGAUAAUCCAAGUAAAGUUUCUGUUGGUGUUGAUGUUGGCUCCAGUGGAACUCAUGUUGACAUGGAGGAUAAUGUUAGAAGCUGUAAUAAGGAUAAUGAUCUAGAUGUGCAGUUGAGUUGUCAUGAUGCUGAUAUGACUGCUCAGACAAAUGGACCCAAUAACUUGGAGGAUAAGGUGGAAGACAUGCUGCAGGAACCAGUGGAGGCAGUGGCUUCUCCCCAGCCUGAUCUGAACAUGGCAGAUGCAACUGAGGAAAUCUUGAAUGACAUUCAGAGCAUGUUGGAUCAGUCAAGUCCUGCUGUUGUUGAAGAACAUGCAGUGCAUCAACUCUCUAAAUCCCCAGGCGAUGUUCCAGAACAGCAUUUAGAGGAAUGUACCGAGGAAUCAUUGAAUGAGCAAAACAAAGCAACACCACCACGUCCACGCAAGAGAAAAGAAAAGCCUUGCAGGAAAAGCCUUGCAGGAGCUGGUUUAUUGUGGGAACAUGGGGUAAGGCGAAGCACCAGGAUCAGGACAAGACCUUUGGAGUAUUGGAAAGGUGAAAGAUUAUUAUAUGGACGCAUCCAUCAGAGUCUGACAACAGUUAUUGGGUUAAAGUAUGUUUCACCAUCAAAGGAAGAUGGACAACCUGCUUUGAAGGUGAAAUCUUUCGUAUCUGAUGAAUACAAAGAGCUUGUUGAAUUGGCAGCUCUAUAAUUUCAAGAAAUAUUAGGUACCCCAAUGAGUUUUCAUAUAUGUUUGUAGUUUGAUGCCUUCCUUUUGUACUUGGUCUUUAAGAAGCGGAGAGGAGGGUUGUCCUGUAACUAGUUAUUCAGUUCCAAUGGUGGUCUAAACAAUUAAAAAAAAAAAAAAAAUUAAAAAAAAGGUGGUCUAGUGGUGGUAAACAAUCAUAGUAUCGUAUGCUUCUCAUCAAAGACAGCUUCUA